CCAAAAGUUCUCCGCGCACGCGCGGGCGCGGCGCUAGCGGCGCGGCUUCAAAAUUGGCACUGGCCGCUUCAUUUUCUCCACCUUCCCUCCGCUGCGGGGCGCGGAGUUCCCCAAACCACUUUGAAUUCACACGCACAAACCACACCCGUGCCGGUGCGGACGCCAUGGGGGAGGAAGCGGAGGGCAUGGAGGUUGAGGCGGGCUCUCCGCCGCCGGCUAUUGUCGGGGACGGGGGAGAGCCGCCGAAGCGGGGGAGGGGGAGGCCCAAAGGGAGUGGCCGUGGGAGGGGCCGGAGCGCCAAGCCAUCCGACGAAGCGCGCGGUGUCGCGGUUGGGCGGCCGCCGGCUGUCGUCGGCGACGGGGGCGAGGAGACGAAGCGGGGGAGAGGGAGGCCCAAAGGGAGUGGCAUAGGGAGGGGCCGGAGCGGCGACCGGGCUCUCGGAUCGCCAGCGUUUAAGCCAUCUGAUGAAGCGCGCGGUGUCGCGGCUGGCCGGCCUCCGGCUAUCGUCGGGGACGUGGGCGAGGAGACGAAGCGGGGGAGGGGGAGGCCCAAAGGAAGUGGCAGAGGGAGGGGCCGGACCGGCGACCCGGCUUUCUCAUCGGCAGCGUUUAAGCCAUCUGACGAAGCGCGCGGUGUUGCGGCUGGGAACAGGGUGCUGAGGGAGAGGAGGCCGGCGCCGGAGUCCUUCCGUGAGCGCGGCACCGACGAUGAGGAGACUGUGGAUAAUCAAGUUUUUGAGGGUCUGAAAAAGCCCAAGAAAAGUGCUGCCGUGAAAAAGAUGGAACCCCAAAAAAGGAGAGCAGAUCAAGAGGGCAGCAAAGUCCAAUUCUCCAAAGGUGAAAUCCAUGGUGGAAACAAUGGGACUAGCAAUAAUGGGGUCCUGGAGCCUGCAAAGAAGCGGCAAAGAAGAGAUUCAGGGAAGGCUCCCAACACAGAAGAGGAAGUAGAUAAACAGGUUCGAUCCUCCAAGAAUAAAAAAUCUGGUGAAAGAUAUAAGAAUGGGAAGAAAAUGUUGACUGGGGAAAAUGCCCGAAUGUGUCACCAGUGCCAGAGAAAUGACAAAGGGAGGGUGGUCUGGUGUAAAGCAUGCAAUAACAAGCGCUUCUGUGUGCCAUGCAUAACCCAAUGGUAUCCUGAUUUGACAGAAGAUGAAUUUGCUGCGAAAUGCCCAUAUUGUCGCAAGAAUUGUAAUUGUAAGUCAUGCUUACGAAUGAGAGGAGUUGAAGAGCCCCCAAAGAAGGAAAUUUCUGAAGAAAAUCAAAUUCGUUAUGCUUGCCAUAUUUUGCGCUUGUUGCUUCCUUGGCUAAGAGAACUGCGACGGGAGCAGAUGGAGGAGAAGAAAUUAGAGGCUAGCAUACGAGGUGUUUCCAUCAAUGAAGUGAAGGUGGAACAGGUUGAAUGUGAUCUUGAUGAGCGUGUCUAUUGCUCUAUGUGUAAAACUUCGAUAUUUGAUUUUCAUAGAAGCUGUAAGAAUUGUCUCUAUGACUUGUGCCUCACUUGCUGCCGGGAGCUUCGCAAUGGUGAGAUCCCUGGAGGAGAAGAGGUGGAGAGUAUGCCUUAUGAAGAUAAAGGAAAGGACUAUGUUUUUGCCAAGAAAAUUCUGCCAAAUGCUGACAAUCGAAGUAUCUCAUUGAGGAGGCAGAUGGGCUCCCCAAAUUGCCCGCUGCUACUAUGGAAAGCAAAGAAUGAUGGUAGCAUACCCUGCCCACCAAAGGAAAUAGGAGGCUGUAGUGGUCCAGUUCUGGAUCUCAAAUGCAUGUUUCCGGAGAAGGUGCUCGCUGAGUUAGAAAGUAGAGCCGACAAAGCUGUUGAGAGUGAAAUAUUUGCAAAAGAAACAGCUUGCAGAAGUGAUCAGUGUGCUUGCUUUGAUCAUUCUGGUAAGAUAAGAUCUGACAUCAAGACAUUACGAGUAGCUGCGAAUAGGAAGGACUCAAGAGAUAACUACCUAUAUUGUCCAGUUGCCACUGGUAUCCAGGACGAUGACCUAGUGCACUUUCAGAUGCAUUGGGCAAAAGGUGAGCCAGUUAUUGUUUCUGAUGUCCUUCUACUAACCUCUGGCCUUAGUUGGGAGCCAUUGGUUAUGUGGCGGGCAUUGCGGGAAAGAGCCCAAGGCAGGGCAGAAGAUGAGCAAUUUGCUGUUAGGGCAAUAGAUUGCCUUGAUUGGUGUGAGGUAGAAAUUAACAUCCACAUGUUCUUUAUGGGAUAUAAAAUAGGCAGAGCUCAUCCCAAGCAUUGCUGGCCUGAGAUGCUUAAACUAAAGGAUUGGCCACCUUCUAGUAUGUUUGACAAGCGGUUGCCUCGCCAUGGUGCUGAAUUUAUCAGCGCAUUGCCAUUUCCUGAGUAUACUGAUCCACGAUAUGGUCCGCUAAAUCUUUCGGUCAAGCUUCCUAAUGGUGUACUGAAACCAGAUCUUGGGCCAAAAAGCUACAUUGCUUAUGGAUUUUCCGAAGAGUUAGGCCGAGGUGACUCAGUGACCAAGCUUCAUUGUGACGUUUCUGAUGCGGUAAAUAUCUUAACACAUACAGCUGAAGUCCCCAUUGAGACAUAUAAUCUUCCUCAAAUUGAGAAGGUCAAAAAGAAUAUGAGAGAUCAAGAUCUUCAAGAACUAUAUGGUGAUGUAAAUUCACACUCUGAGAUAAUUUUAGAGCCAUGUAUAGUUAAACCCCAGAAUAAAUCUGCUGAUGAAGCACCGAAGCUCAUAUGUGGUAUGGAAAAUGAUGAUACCCAUAAGGAUAGAUGUAAUGGUUUGCACAUAGAUGCUUUACCACCUGGUGAUAAUAGAGGUGAAGCUAAGGAUAUAGCACCAUCUUAUGAAUCUCUGAUACAAAACGGAAUACAUCAAGGUUUAGACCACAUUCAUGAGGUUAAUAAAUCUGGCGAGGUUCAUAAUAGAUCUCAUUGUAAUUCCAACAAUCAAGGUCAUCCUGACAGGAGCGUGCAUGAAAAUAAAGUCAGUGAUCCUCCCACGCCAGUUCUGAAGAAUUCAGAGAAAGAGGAAACUGGUGGCGCUUUGUGGGACAUAUUCCGUAGAGAGGAUUCUGAGAAAUUACAAGAUUAUAUAAGGAAGCAUGCCUCAGAGUUUCGGCACAUCCAUUGCAAUCCUGUGAAACAGGUUAUCCACCCAAUUCAUGAUCAGACUUUCUAUUUGACAGCCGAACAUAAGAGGAAGCUCAAGGAAGAAUAUGGUGUUGAGCCCUGGACGUUCGAACAGAAGCUAGGGGAAGCAGUUUUUAUUCCUGCUGGGUGUCCUCACCAAGUUAGGAAUUUAAAGUCUUGUGUCAAGGUUGCGUUGGACUUUGUUUCCCCUGAAAAUGUUGGCGAGUUUGUUAAGCUAACCAAUGAGUUCAGACGACUUCCAUCAACCCACAGGGCUAAGGAAGAUAAGCUAGAGAUCAAGAAGAUGGCUAUCCAUGCCCUUACCAACGUUAUAGGGUUCUUGGACCCUCACUUGAAAGGGUCGAAGAACUGGGGAACUGCAGAGAAAAAGCCUGUAAGGCGUGGCCGCCCAAAAGGUGUCUCUCGGGCUGGGAGGUGAUUGGGUUGCAUGAGAUUGCUGUGACUGAAACCCUUCUUUUGGAACAAACCUCACUAGUUCAGGAUGUGCAUCUUUAGUCAGGGUGCCUACUUUUGUGUAUGCUCGGUGACUGCUUCUGUUAAGAGUUAUUAGGUAAUUGCUCCUCAUUUCACUUGUUGAGGAAAUAUAAUAUAGUGCAGCAUAAUAAUGCUGUAGUGUAUGGGAGGAGCUAUUGCACAAUAUUAUUUUGAGCAUCAUCUCACCGCGGAUACCUGACCUUAAAUAGAAUUUAAAGGCAUUACUCAAAAGUACCUUAAGUA